AUGCCGCUGGACUUUGUGUGUGUCCUGCUGCUGGCAGGCUGCGGCGUGGCGCUGGGCGGAGGCCAGGCGCUCAGUGUGUCUGACAGAUGCAUGCAGGACACAGACGCCUUCCUGUGGGAGAUCAACCAGGACACACCAAAACAAUAUGCAGCUCUGACUGACAGUUCUGCUGUGCUGGGAGUCAGACUCAGACAGAAUAGUUUUUUCUAUGGACAAAGUUCUGGUCUGGCUGGUGUCGGGAUCAGUGCUAAAGACAGAGGACAUCAGGACACGAUCAACUACUUUGUGGGCGUCUGUGUUCCAGACUCCUGUGGGGAAGAGGACGUGCAAACCCUGAUUUUACAUGAGAGAUUCCAGUUGGGUCAGACGUCUUUGAUUCCUCCUUUGCCUCCCAUCCUCGUCCAUAAUUCCACUCAAGCGAUCGCCACAACCGAAUGUUUUUCCGCCACCAAAACCCCUGACGCUUCAGCUAUCAUAUGCCUGACUGUGUGUGCUGUAAUGCUGGCAUUACCUCUUGCUGCUACCUUAUUUACGGCUAUUAAAAGGUGGCAACGCAAUAGGGAGAUCAGUCCAAGAGAAGAGUCUUCUUUAAACAAGGGAAUGAACCUUUAUGGGACCUUAUCUAACGCCUCCUCUAGUGGAGGGAAUACCAACCAUGAUGUCCAGCAGAGUGAAAAGGGCCAAAGCAACUCAGAGGAAGACAACAACAGCACCGAGGACCCACCGCCGUGUUUUCUUCGAAACUGCAUGCAGCAGUGCGUCCAGGCCUUCUCUCUACAGACCACCAUGCAGGGUGUCCUCAGCACCUCCUCAGCCCACAGCUACUCCUCCCUGAAUGGCAUCCGUGCCCUCAGUGUGCUCUCCAUCAUCUGGCGCCAUGUCAUCGAGUUCAGUGGAAAGUUCACCGUGGAUAAUGUCAACACAUGGGGUGAGGUAGCUCUUGUCAAUUUUCAAUAUGUGUUUACCACUAGCGGACCUCUUUAUCUGGCUGUAGACACCUUCCUGCUCCUGGGGGGCCUGCUGAGUGCCAAGUCUCUGCUGAGCACCAUCCGUAGGGCUGAGGACAAAAUGAGUCUUCGUUUGGCGGCAUGCUUCCUCUUCAAGAGGUUAAGAAGGGUCCAGCCGCUGCAUUUAUUCCUCAUAUGUUUAGCCAUGGGUGUGUUCUCUACGCUCAACAUGGCAGCCAACACACAGCUGUCUCCAUCUUUUGUGGACAACUGUAAGGCGAACUGGUGGGCCAAUGUGCUAUUGAUUAACAAUUUCUUCACUGUAAACGAGAUGUGUCUUCCUUGGACAUGGUACCUGUCUAUGGACUUCAUGUUUUAUAUCACCACUCCUGUGCUGAUCUGUAUUUAUAGAUGGAAGAGAAGUGUGUUUGUAGCUGUGGCAGUAAUCCUGAUGCUAGUAACCAUUGUGAGCAGUGCCGUCGUGACCGCCCUCUACCAGCUCUCUGUGACCCUGGGCAGCACAUUUGUAUAUCCAAGCUAUGCAAAGUAUUACUAUCAUAAGCUCUACACAAGGUACGGGCCCUUCUUGAUAGGGAUCGUGAUGGGAAUAUAUAUGACAACAAAGAAAGAGCAGCUCAUAAAACAUCGGUGGCAGGCCGCCCUCGGUUGGGUCACAUGCCUGUUAGCCUUGGUUCUGUUGUAUGUGUUCGCAUUCAUGCUGCAGCAGAUGCCAAAGGAAGACUCGAUCCCGCAUGCCAUCUACCAGGGUCUGCACAGGUCCGUCUGGGCGCUGUGUGUAGCCUGGAUCAUACUGUCCUGUGAGGAGGGUAACGGAGGCUUUAUCAACACCCUGCUGUCUCUGGGUGUCUGGACUCCUCUUUCCAACAUUAGCUUCGCCUGCUACCUGGUGCACCCCAUCUUCAUCACUCUCUACACUGACCUACUGGACACCCAAGCCCACUACUCUGACUACAACUUUUGGUACCUGUUCAAUGGCAACAUGUUGCCCACGCUGGUGGUGAGCUACGCUUUGACUGUGAUGGUGGAGAAACCGUUCGUGCUGCUAAAAGGAAGAAGUGAAUAGAGACAACUCAGCAUAUGUACAAGCCUGGCAACCUGUUAAUAUCCUUAUCCCAGUGUACUUGUACCUCUUUCCUUGGACACUGAGCCAAUGUUUUUUUGCUUUUUGUUUUUGUUUUGUUUUUUUGUUUGUUUGUUUUUUUAAAUAUGUACUUUUACAAAAGCGAAUUUGUUUAAAUGACAAAUGCAUGUAGUUUCAUAUGAGUAUGAGAGCUGCCCUGUUGUGUUGUGAAAAUGUCAGGAGGGAAGAAAGCAGACAUUCUGCCUUAUUUUCAAUCCAAUGUGAGUGAUAAAACAGUCUUCAAGUGAUUUUAAAUUCUGCAUUUUCACAUUACCCUGACAAUGUUCUCAGCUGCAUAUGCUGCCGUGGUGUAUCAAAUGUUCAGUUGAAAAUAGUUUUUGAUAGUUUGAAAAGCCCAUAGACAGACAUCAGUCCCAUAACUUAGGAAAGCACUGCUUUAUUGUAAAAUUUAUUGCAAAAUGGAAGCAGGGGCAUCAGCCUCAUGUAAGAGGAUGCAACAGAAGUUUACAUGGCUAGAUGAUGCUGAAUGUUAAUGAGCCUGGUUUAGUUCCUGUAGUUGGUGCAUUCACACAAAAAGUGAUGCCUGUUGCAGUGCCAUUGUUUGCUUACAAAUUAAAUUUGUAAGCAAACCACAAUACGGUGCAUUAAUGGUGGAAAUUUUCCAUUAAAAAAUGUAUAUAUCUAUAGAUAAAUGGAUAUAUAUAUAUAUAGGAAAUGGAGUUAUGUUAUGUCUCUAUUUAGAGCAUUUUAGGAUUCGAGUUAACAACAGUGUAGUGAAGUUAACACUGAAUUUGUCAUAUAGCCUAAAUUGUUUUUGAGGAAAAAUAAUGAUACGCACAUCACAAAAAGGUCCUCAAGAUAUUCUUCAAGCACCAAAUCUUCCCCAGUGAGAUUUGGCAUCGGGAAACUUUCUUGCCAGGCCAGCUAAUGUGUCGAAUACUGAAUGAGAAUGAAAUCUGUUUUCGAUUGAGUGGUUGUAACUGUGUCUGAAAUAUAGUCAGUUUCCCCUCUGUUACCUGUAAAGGCUCCUGCACACCUUCAGUUUGAUGAAGGUCUAAGCAAGACAUUCUAUAUUUAAUAAAGUUUA